GCCCAAUUUAUUUUGGAUAGGAUUGCAUGACCUAAUUCUGAUCCUUGCCUAGCUGCUUCCUUGGUUGCAGACGGAAAAAGUGUAAUCCGUGCUUCUCAAUAGAUCAUUUUUCUAGAAAGGAAAUAAUUUGUGCCAGGGCUACGUCUACAAAUGAGUUUUGUGUUACCUUUUCUUGGAUUUGUAAAGAAAUUGAAUCCGAUGCUCGUAUAAUCACCAGGUCUUGUGAGUGAUCGGACGUGCAAUUGAUGGAAACUCGUUUGUAAAGGACUCUCCCGUCUACCGGGAAAAAGAAGUCCUUUCCCGAGGUUGCCCUUGGCGGUUUUAUGAAGUUGCCCUGCGUGCGAGGUCUUUCGUGUCCCAAAAGUCCGAAUCUGCUUCAAAUCGGAAUGAUGGAAGGAAGCCGAUCCACUUAAAGCUAUGUAGGACAGUAACCAAGUGGUUCUUUUGUUGCUCACAAGACUCCAUUGCAUCUACUGCUAGUGCUGGACGGUACAAUUCACCUGUUCGGACUUCAAGGGCGCACGACGCUACAGUGGAGGGAGGGAUAUUUAACGAUCCAACAUUCAAAAUCCAGAAUCCAAAAUAUGAAACCUCUACCGGCAGUGGCUUCAAAAGCACCCAUCAAGUUUAGAAUCCCAACUGCCGAAAAUUUAGUUCCUAUUCGUUUGGACAUUGAGAUUGAUGGGCAGAGAUUCAGAGAUGCGUUUACAUGGAACCCGACUGAUCCCGACUCAGAAGUGGUGGUGUUUGCAAAAAGGACAGUGAAGGACCUGAAACUCCCUCCAGCAUUCAUUACACAAAUUGCUCAAUCUAUUCAAUCACAGCUGACAGAAUUUCGAUCGUUGGAGGGGCAAGAAAUGUACACGGGUGAAAAGCUUGUCCCUCUCAAGCUUGACCUUCGGGUAAACAAUACCAUCAUAAGGGAUCAGUUUUUGUGGGACUUGAAUAACUUUGAGAGUGAUCCUGAAGAGUUUGCAAGAACAUUUUGCCAGGACUUGGGCAUUGAAGACCCUGAAGUUGGAUCCGCAAUUGCAGUUGCAAUCAGGGAACAACUUUAUGAGAUUGCAGUUCAAAGUGUGACAACUGCAAGGGAAUCAAGGGUUAGCAAGAAGGGUCGACGUGGGGCAGAACAUGUCACAGCCAGUAAAGCAGGUGGCACAGCCUUGGAUUUGAUGAAGUUAUUCAGUGGCAAAUCAAGUGUCAUUCGGAAAAGGAAGGAGUGGGACAUGUAUGAACCUAUUGUUGAUCUUCUAUCAAAUGAGGAAGUUGAUGCUCUCGAUGCAAGAGAAGAGCGGAAUGCUCGGUGAGUGAUGUCGAUAGGUGCAUUUAAAGUGUAUGCAUGGAACUUUAAGGAGUAACCACAUAUUAGUGGUUUGGUUAAUCUUGGUGUAAUAUAUGACAAGUAGAGUUGGCAACUUUUCCUAGUAACAGAACACAAUAUGACAUUGCAAGUAAAUCAGUUACGUAUACUAUUUUGUGAAUUUAUUCA